AUGACUUCCGAGAACAAUGCUCCUGUCGCACAGCCUGCGCAAGACUCGUGGGGGACAAUACCAAAGCGCAAGCCUGUGCCGACUACCACUGCAGCGAUUGAAGAGGCAGCUUCCGCCUCUGGCCAAACCAGUCUGACAAAUGACAAGCUCCCACCGUCUAACAGGAAGAAAACAUGGCUUCCUGCUGGCGGUCUUGGACUUUGGUUCACAUCGCAGAAGCGAUCGCGCAAAUUCCUCAUCAUUGGUAUCGGAGCCGGGAUUCUACUCCUCGCACUGAUCAUUGGUCUGGCAGUAGGCUUGACAGUGGGCAAGAAGCAUUCAAAUCUCCCACUUCCAACCGCCAACGGCGGCCCCUAUGAGGGUGACUUGACUUACUACAACCCGGCCCUCGGAUCCUGUGGCUACACAAACACAGACUCCGAUAUGAUCUGCGCAGUAUCACAUAUUCUGUACGAUGCCGCCUCCACAGGCUCAAAUCCCAAUGCAAACCCGCUUUGCGGGUUAAAAAUCAGACUUCGUCGCAACGGGGAGAGCGUGGACGUGAAGAUUGUCGAUCGGUGCGUUGGCUGUGCAGUGACUGAUCUGGAUGUCACCGAAGCGGUCUUCAAGAAAGUGGCCGACUUGGACCAGGGCCGGGUUCCUGUGGAGUGGUCAUGGCUAGAGACGCCGCCUGUUUCUGUCUCGUGA